AUGUCACGCCGCGCGCUCUUCCGGCCGAGGGCCAUUGACCUGCAACGCCCUCUGCUCAUCAUCCGCUCAGAUGCGGACCUCAAGUCCGAUGUCGAAGUGGUCUCCGCUCAGCGGGCCUUGCCAGAAUAUGGCACUGGAGUCGAAGAAGGUGAGCUUGGAGAACGCCAUCUUCAAGAAGCGCUCUUAGCAUCUAUGAAUCUGCGCAUAAAACGCGCAGAGACAAAAUCCACCGCACAAGAGGAGGAUGCGGAGAGCGCAUCAUGCGAUCAUAUAGACGGAAGGCGCACAGUUAUCAUACCCGUACCCGUCAUUCGGGAGAUUCCGUGUUACACCGAGGCUCUGUUGGAGCAAGUGCGGAACCGUUUCCAGCUGAGCGACACCUACGUAGAUGCACGCGCCGACGACAGGGCCCUACUCGAGCGAGAGAUCGACUACGAGGCUGAUGAUGGGGACAAGCGUUUCGCGCAAAAUGAACUAUGUAUCGAUCUUGACACCUUCGAGCGUGCAAUGGACGCUCUGGAAAAAGAGCAGGGUACCGCUCGGACGCUCAUGUCGCCGAACAGCGCCAAAUCCCAGCUAAUGAAAGACGCCACUCUCGGCUUAAAUGAGCAGCAUAUAGAUGCACUAUACAUGCACUGGAGACGGAAACGUGAGCAGCGUGGCGGUCAACCGAUUCUACGUUAUCUUCGAGAUCCGCCCGAUGUGAACAAUCCAGACCCGUCGGUAGCUUUCAGGCCACGUAACGAUGAAGAACAGAAAAGGCGAGCUCGAUCAAACACGUUCGACAAUUACAAACGAUUACGCAGGAUCAGGCAAGACAUGGAGAGAGUUAGAACGAUCAUGGAACAGGUCAUGAAACGAGAGCGGAUCAAACUCGACCUCGUUCUCUUCACAAUUUCGAGUCAAUUGGCCACGCUGCAGUUACGCUACCCGCAUCUUGAGCUCAUUCAAAAAGCUGCCAAGAUCCUGCCACUGAAAACGCCGAUUGGGGCCGAUCUCUAUCGCCAUUUGACGAACAUCGCGGAACUAGCCCGAAAAGGGGUUUUGAAAUGGAACAGUGCACACAGAAGGCGCAGCGAAGAGAAAGCAUCUAGCGAUCACUCGGGAACCUCCGUCACAAAGAUUCGAGCAACGAGCGCCGCGAAACCCCCUGAUAGCGGCAGCGCUGGUUCUGUUGUUGCAGCUCCGAAACGAGAUCUCUACGGCUUUGAUGAGAAAGGCUUUCAAGCGUUCCGAAGACUUCGGUACUUCUCAGGGGGUUUCUUUCGUGACGGUAUCAAUCCAUUUGACUGGAGGGUGCACGGAAUUCCGUUGUGGGCCGAUCCAAGUCUAUCGCAUUCCGUACAAGAGCGUUCGCAGCUUGGAAACAUCACUGCCGAACGCAGUAUCCCUCAGGGUGCGCGUCCUGCACCAUCAAUGGAGCUUGAGGCGUCGCGCUUACGAAAGCCGCUACGCUGCGCAUCCACGCUGAUCGCGCGUCUGACGACGCCAAUGGCAUACGCUAUCCUCGACGCUGCAGCGUCCAAGAAUCAUCCCGAGGAGCAAACCUCUCUUGUGGUGAGCGCGUCCAGGAUGAGCUCCGAUGGCAUGAAGCGGAUCGCGGACACGCCAGCUGUUGGCCCGAAGCGGCUCAUGUGUUUCCCAGACUCGACUCCACUUUGUGACCAGAGUACAAUGGUUAGAACUAGUUUUCGACCAACGCUCGUACGCGCUCGCAUAGGAUGUGAUGAUGCGAUCUAUCUUGAUCGCAUCACUAUUAGGCGAGAAACCGAUAAGCUGUCAGCGAGCGAGUCGCCGGCAAAAUUAGACGCCUGGAGCAGCAGAGAAUGGCAACGCCCUUGGCCUAAGCGGCUGAAGCAUAGUGCCCCGCCCACUGCAGAGUCCGUGCACAAAACGGCAUCUCUUGAUGCAAAGCAGUAG